AAUAUAUCCCACCCACUAACAGGUGCCGUGAUGAAGAGAUAAUCAGUGUUAUUCAAUUCACCUGUCAGUGCUCAUAAUGUUAUGUCUCUUUCACGGCUUAAUGUGCUUUUAAUAACACUGUUUAAUGUCAAGCAUGUCCCGCAGUUUAGCAACAGUAGACUGCAUCUUUCAACUUAUUUGUAUUACUUGAAUGUUAAGUUUGGCUUAGGGAGGAAUGAAAGUGCACCGCUGUGAAGGAAAAGAAGGUGCACGGGUCAGAAUGCAGCAGGUGCACAAUAAUCAUUUUACCUUGAUUAUCUUGUUUUCAUAAUCAUUGGAAGCUGGAAUAAAAAAAUGUAUUACGAUUAAUCACACAGCCCUACACUUAGACCUUGCCGGGCUUUUUUACAGUAAAAUACUGGCAACACUGUUGCCAGUAAUUUACUAUUGAUUAUACAGUUAUUUACUGUAAUCUAUAGUAUGUUACUGUAAAGAUACCAUGCACUAAAUUAAACUUGUGUUUACUCAUUUUAUUUGCAGAAACCAACUGCCUUAAACUGUCAGACUGCCAUUUAAAUUUACAGAUUAAUUUUUAUUAUAUGCUAAUAAUAUGAGCAUAUUAUUACUAUGAACUUAUUUCUUUAGAGUUCAAUAAAAACAUUUUAAAUAAAAAAGACUUUCACUGCAUUACCAAGUACACUCUCACUAUCUGUUAAAUAAAACAACAUGCAGCAUAUCAACAAUGUCUCUUGAUCAUCUCCUGAACUUAAGCACAGGCUCUACUCUUCAGCACAAUGGUGACACACAAAACUCAAUUUUACCGUAAACUACUGGCAACAGUGUUGCCAGUAUAUUACAGUUUUUUAACUUACCGUUUGUAACUGUUAAAAUACAUUUUGUGGGUGUGUCUUUUUAUCUUACUCCUUUAACCCUUUCAACCCCACAGGAACAUCCUUUAGUGUCCACACUACAGAGUAAAAGUAACAUUGACGCUGUGUUGCAGUGAGAUAAUUAAGUUAAUAUUUAAUUGAUGAUUGAGCAUUAAUGAUGAACUCCUGCUGUUAACAAGAACCACUGAAAAGAGGAAGAAGAACAGAAAAAAUACAAGCAGAAACUACAACUGUCUUCCAGCCAUUAAACAUUAUUACACUUAUUACUGACCAGAUUAACUUUAUUUCUACAGAAGAUCUUAUUGAGAAUUAACAGAAGUUUAGAUGUUGAUGUUUUGUUGAAAAUGUUUGGUUUGAUGAUACCAUUGAGGAGAUCAAGGUAAUGUAAAAGAGUCAAGAGCCCAAUUAAAGCAGACACUGGUCAUUACGAUUCAACGAUGAUGGUAAAUUUUUAUUGUCAAUAAAACACCAACAUCAAUAUCUGUUAAUUCUCAACAAGAUGGAUGGUCUAACGCACAAAGGUGGUGCUGAAAAGCUCUGGGAUAAGAAGCUUAAAAGUUAGGAGGUGGAUGUCGCCAAAUGUUUUCAAAUUGUUCAAGAUGAUCUGAACCCACUAUCCAUUGCUCAUUAAUGCAGGCUGCAAGUCAAAUCCCCAAACAUGUACAGUUAGGGUGGCCAUUUCCAUAACACCAAAAAGGAGGACACUUUGCGGCAUUUAGUAGGACUCUGGUGUACUCGCAACUACAAUGUACUCAUAAUAUAAUUUUGUCCAUUAUAUCGAUGGUAUCAUGAUACAGUGAUUCUGAAAAAGCCUACUCUAUUCAUUGCCGGACAAUUUGAUGUAGACCUAUGUGUGACAGAAGUGGCAAAAAAGUGUUUGUUCACAGUAUUUGUAUUUAUGUACAUUGUGAUGUCUGUUUCACAAAAGUCUUGCAAAGUGCACAGUGCCUGAAAAUUUCUGGACUUCUGGAAAUAAAUAAAUAAAUAAAAAUAAUCUGGCAGACUGGCACAGUGCUGUUACAAUAUGUACCAGUCGGAGACGGAAUACAGCAGAAGAUGGUCUUUAUUGGACACAAGCAGAGGUAACAGUGCAGUAAGGUGAGCAAAUAAUGGCAGAGAUGCAGAGUGCAAAUGGGUUUGUGAAUAAUACUGUCCUUGUAACUUGCAGGUUGAUGGAGAAGGCGAUCAGGAGGAGAUGCUGGCAGACGACACUCACACACAGCACGGGAACACAGGAGGGAGUUCAGAGACACAGGAGACAGGUAAGUAUCAACAGGAGUCCUUGAGGUAAGCAUGGAGGUAAGUUUCCUUAAUGCGAACGAGACCGGACAAAGUGACUGUGUGUGUGAGUGUCUUUUGAAGUGCUGGUGAUGAUGGUGAUGAUGAGGUGCAGGUGGCGGUGAUUAGUAUUCAGGAGAGGGUGCGCACUGUGAUUGGAUAGUGCUGGAGACUAGCGUGUCUGUGACAAGUGCCAAUAAACAUAACAUUUCUGGACUUCUGGAAAUAACAGAAAUACAUAAACAAAUAAUGAAUUUGAAAAAUAAAUAAAUGCACAUUUCAGUUCUUAACAAAGAAGUUCACCCUCUGCAGCAGCUCAGGCGACAACAGCACCGAAUCGGCAUGUUAACGUGAUGAUAUGACGUAGCCAGCACGUGGAGGCUUGUUUACGUUUUUAACCAAUGAUAUAUCAGAUAUUUAUUUGACACCGCUUUCAGACAAUCGUUUGUUUGACCAUAGAUCUUACAGCAUUAGAUGUUAUGCUGCUGCGUCUUAAUAAAGAUUCUAGAGCGUUUUUUUUUUUUUAGGCUGAUUCAGCGCAACUCCAAAAAGGAGGACAAAUGAGUGUCCGGCUGAGGCUGCACCAGACGCCGGACAGGGGGCUUAAAAUCCUGGCCAAAAUCCGGACGUAUGGCCACCCUAUGUACAGUUGUGAUUUGGGGAUAACUGUUACAUCCACGGACAUUGCAGAUAAUCCACAGAUCGGGUGGACCAAGUAAUAGAAAAUAACAUUCUAAUUAAUUAUGGGUAGGUCAGGGGUGGAUGAGAGAUAUAAAUUAUUAAUGUGUUGAUUUUGAUUAAGACAAAGAACUCUCAUUUCUCGGUAAAACGAACAUGCGUAACGUUUUUGCUUUCAUUUACAACAACUACGUAUAUAUAUCUUGAGGAAAAACAAUCAAGGAAAACAUAUGCCUCGAGCACCUCCUAGUGAUUUUUAUAUAAAACAAAGAAAAAAACCUACACGAUACUAUUGUUUAAUAAUUUACCAGCUUUAACUAAAAAUAUACACAAGCUUAACAGCAAUUAUUCUUAUAAGAGUGUUUUCCAACAUAACGAUAGAAAUAAUAAAGUAUUUAGAGAGUAGAGACAGGGAUGUUUGCUGAAGUAUUUAUUCAAAUAAACGAGAUAAUAUUACAGUCAAAGGAGCACACAAAUGCAACUUAAACAGCUUUGCAUUUACACAAAGACAAUAAACAACAAUUAACUGAUUAAAUGGAGGAGUAUAAAUGCACAUGUGAUGUUCAACUAAACAGACACAGGUGAAGAACCAAAUCAGAAAUCAGUAAAUAUGGAAGCAACUGAGAACACACUAGAACCCAUGGAAACCAAGGAAAUAUGAAGUAAACAGGAAUUCACACCAGAAAUAAAAAAAAAAACUACAAAAUGAAAGUCUCAGAACAUAAAUGAUCAAACACAGACAUGAUAAUAAGAGUGUAUGAAUAACAUUGUUGUAUUCAACUUCAAUGCACAGACUGGACCCUCCAGAAUCCAGCUGUGUGUCCUUGAAGAGUGACCGUUCAAAGGAUCCUCCACCUAAGCUUAGUCCAUCCAUGGCGGUUGCUGGUCCUUUCCAUGGGGACCUAGCAUCUUAUUCGGGGCUCCUGUGGAGGAUCGAUUGCUGCAUCGGAGGGCUGGCUUGGGUCCUCUGGGGAUGAAGAUUCGGCUGCGCUGCCCCCUUCAGGGAGAGUCGUGUUGUUCGAGUCCGACCCAGAGCUGAUUGCCAUGCUUUCCCAGGCCGCUGCGAGCAUCAGGCUGGAGUGGAACCCUCCACCGUGUCCCGAGUGCUCACGGCUGGAUUGGUUUCUUGGGGCGGAGCAUAUUGAAAAGCAGCGUCCUGCUCCAGUUCCUUUGUUCCUGGAAGUGCCGCAAGGAGGCCACAAAGUCGUGGAAGGCACCAUUUUCUGCCAGAAAUGCUCCACUUCCUGCUCUGCUCUCACUACCCUCAAUGACGGUGUGGCCAAAGGGUAUGUGAAGAUCCCCCUUGUGGAGCAUGCAUUUGUAGAGCAGUUUUGCCUCCAAAAUGCUGCUACCUGGUGAUGUCGUCUGUGUCUCCCAUCCAAGGUUGAAUAUGUGGGAACUGUAAAAUGUUUUUAAGAGCACGUUUGUGAAUCAUAAAAAAUCUUAAAUACCUGAAUCUCAAAUCAGAGGAUGGAAAACCAGGAAUCGCGAUACGGCUUAAUGUGAUUAUAAAGCUUAAAAAGACUGUGAUUUAGCUAACUACAUAAACUACAUAGACUGUGAUUUAGCUAACUACAUAACUGUGUUGUGCAUUCUACAGGCUCACAGUUUCAGAGCAGUUUGCAAUCAAUGAAUAUGCACAGCCUCUCUUUGAAGCAGUCCAGGGGAUAGAUUUUGGUGAGUUUCGUUUAAUUACCUUUUUUCCUUGCUAGACUCAAUGAAAAGUUGGGUCACUUCAAGUCAUGGACUUACUGCAAGAUGUUGGACCACGUUUGCCACCUCAAGGAGAUGGAGCUCUUGCGGGGGGAAUGGCCCACUUUCUCUGUUAAUCCUGCCUCCCAACCCUUAUGGUUACAGCCUGUUUGUUUUGAACCCUACGUUUUGUGCAGGUUCUUGUUUUCAUGGAGUUUUCUGGGAGUUGACCAUCUUUGGUCCCUGACUCUUUUAUUUCUUCUUUGCACUGGCGGAUGCUAAUGUCAGGCUCUGCUCCCCGCCUAUACCAGUAAUUUCAGGCAGCUUCAUAAAAGGAAGGGUGGGUGGAGGAGACCUUCGUGGCAGCUCCAGGGGAUACUUUGGUGGAGCCCUGGCUGGGUCUGCUUGAACCUCCAUGGUUUGUUCUAUCAGCUCCUGCUGCUGUUCUGUCAAGUUAGGAUGCCUCCAUCUUCGAGUGACCAUCAACAUGAUGAAGCCCUUAAGACAUUUAGAUCAAGUUUGAAGAAGAAGUUUCAGUGUCUAUAUGAGGGAACAGCAAAGCAGGGAAACCCAACACUGCUGAAUGAGAUCUACACCGAACUCUACAUCACAGAGAGUGAUUGUGGAGAGACCAAUAAUGAGCAUGAGGUGAGACAGAUUGAGACUCACUCCAGCAGAGCAGCAACAGAGGACACACCGAUCAAAUGCACUGACAUCUUCAGACCUUUACCUGGACAAGACAAAUCCAUCAGAACUGUGCUGACAAAGGGAGUCGCUGGCAUUGGAAAAACAGUCUCUGUGCAGAAGUUUACCCUGGACUGGGCUGAAGGGAAAGAGAAUCAGGACGUCCAACUCAUAUUUCCACUUCCUUUCAGAGAGCUCAACUUGAUGAAGGAUGAAAAACUCAAACUUUCAGAUCUUCUUCAUGUCUUUUUCCCUGAAACAAAAGAAAUGAAACCGUUCAGUGGUGAAUAUAAAGUUGUCUUUGUUUUUGAUGGUCUGGAUGAGUGUCGUCUGUCUCUGGACUUCAGUGUGAAAUUGUGUAAUAUUUCUGAAUCAGCCUCAGUGGACAUGCUGCUGACGAACCUCAUUGCGGGGAAUCUGCUUCCCUCUGCUCUCAUCUGGAUCACCUCCAGACCUGCAGCAGCUGAUCUUAUCCCGUCUGAGUGUGUCCAUCGAGUGACAGAGGUACGAGGCUUCAAUGAGCCACAGAAGGAGGAAUACUUCAGGAAGAGAAUAAGUAAAAAGAGUCUGGCUGAUAAAAUCCUCUCACACCUGAAGUGCUCAAGGAGCCUCUUCAUCAUGUGUCAUAUCCCAGUGUUCUGCUGGAUCUCAGCCACUGUUCUAGAGAAGAUGUUGAGCGCAGCAGAGAGUGGAGAGAUUCCCAAGACUCUCACUCAAAUGUACACACACUUCCUGAUCAUUCAGACCAACAUCAAACAUGAAAAGGACUAUGAGAAGAAAGUGAAGGAUGAAGACAUGAUCCUCAAACUGGGUAAACUGGCUUUCCUGCAGCUUGUGAAAGGCAACCUGAUCUUCUAUGAGGAAGACCUGAGAGAGUGUGGCAUUGAUGAGACAGAAGCAUCAGUGUAUUCAGGACUGUGCACUCAGAUCUUCAGAGAGGAGUUGGGCUUGUAUCAGGGGAAAGUCUUCUGCUUUGUUCAUCUGAGCAUUCAGGAGCAUCUAGCAGCUCUUUAUGUGCUGCUUUCAUUCCUGUUGGACAAGAGGGAUGUGCUCAAUGAAAGCCUCAGCUCAAAACAUUCACAUGAGUUCACGUGUCACACAAUAUCUGACCUGCAUCAGAGAGCCGUGGACAAGGCUCUGCAGAGUAAGAAUGGACAUCUGGACCUUUUCCUGCGGUUUAUUCUGGGUCUUUCGCUGGAGUCCAAUCAGACACUCCUGAAAACCCUUCUGGCACAUGUUAGAAACUUCUUAUACAAUGAAGAGAAAUCGAUUGAGUACAUUAAAAUGAGAAUAAGAAUGAAUUCCUCUCCAGAGAAAUCCAUCAAUCUGUUCCACUCUUUAAAUGAACUGGGUGAUGAUUCUCUUGUAAAUGAAAUCCAGGAGUGUCUUAGAUCUGGAGGUCUUUCAGGCACCAGAUUGUCCUCAACACAGUGGUCAGCCGUUGUCUUUGUUUUAUUAACCUCAGAGAAUUUGGAUGAGUUUAAGUUAAAGAAAUACAUAAGCAUCAGUCAAGGCCAAAACCACACGUCACCAGAUGAAGUACUUCAGAAGCUCUUGCCUGUAGUUGAAGCCUCCAGAUUAGCAGAGUUGUUUGAUUGUAAUAUCACAGCUGAAGGUUGCGCUGCUCUGGCUUCAGCUCUGAGAUCAAACUCACACCUCAGAGAACUGAAUCUGUCAUUGAAUAAAAUAGGAGAUGGAGGUCUGAUGCUGCUCUCUGAUGAACUGAAGGAUCCUCACUGUAAACUGGAGAAACUGACGUUGAGGGAUUGUAAUAUCACAGCUGAAGGUUGUGCUGCUCUGACUUCAGCUCUGAGAUCAAACUCACACCUCAGAGAACUGGAUCUGUCUGGAAAUAAAAUAGGAGAUAAAGGUCUGACACUGCUCUCUGAUGGACUGAAGGAUCCUCAGUGUAAACUGGAGAAACUGACGUUGUUUGAAUGUAAUAUCAUAGAUGAAGGUGUUGCUGCUCUGACUUCAGCUCUGAGAUCAAACUCACACCUCAGAGAACUGGUUCUAACUGGGAAUAAAAUAGGAGAUGAAGGUCUGAUGCUGCUCUCUGAUGGACUGAAGGAUCCACACUGUAAACUGGAGAAACUGAGGUUGGAUAAUUGUAAUAUCACAGCUGAAGGAUGUGCUGCUCUGACGUCAGCUCUGAGAUCAAACUCACACCUCAGAGAACUUGAUCUGUAUGAGAAUAAAAUUGGAGAUAAAGGUCUGAAGCUGCUCUCUGAUGGACUGAAGGAUCCUCACUGUAAACUGGAAAAACUGAUGUUGUGGUAUUGUGAUAUCACAGCUGAAAGUUGUGCUGCUCUGGCUUCAGCUCUGAGAUCAAACUCACACCUCAGAGAACUGGAUCUGACAGAGAAUAAAAUAGGAGGUCAAGGUCUGAUGCUGCUCUCUGAUGGACUGAAGGAUCCUCACUGUAAACUGGAGAUAUUGACGUUGGAUAAUUGUGAUAUUACAGCUGUAGGUUGUGCUGCUCUGGCUUCAGCUCUGAGAUCAAACAAACACCUCACAGAACUGCAUCUGUUUGGGAAUAAUCUUGGAUAUGCAAGUGUGAAGAGUCUCUUUGCUUUAAAAGAUAAUCCACAGUAUAAACUGGAGACACUGCGCUAUGAAUUAUGGUGAAUCUGGAGCCACUAUAGAGACAUCAUCAUCAACACUGAAGUCAUGGUGACCUUUACUGGACUUUACUGUAUAUAAAUGUACAUAAGUUUUUUUUUUUUGUAUAAGAUCUAAUAAAGUCUUCCUCUCAUUCAUGUAUUAGU